AGUAAAAAUGGUAAUCGUCGCACUGCCAACGUGCGCUCAGUUGGGUACACGGAUCUGUUUGUUUUGAAUAAAAAUGAUCUAUGGAGCGCUCUUAAGGAAUAUCCAGAUGCUAGAAAACUGCUUAUCGCAAAGGGAAGGGAAAUCUUACGAAAGGAUAACUUGCUUGACGAGAAUGCGCCCGAAGAACAGAUGAGCGCUGAAGAAAUAGCUGAGAACUUGCAAAAUUCACUUCGAAACGUUCAAAUACGAUUUGAAGGAGUCAAAAGAAUUAACAACCCUUCAGACGAUCAUUUUUACAGGAUGGCACGCUUUGUGGCCGAAUUUACGAGUACAAAGUCGAAAUUAUUACGCAGGAUCGAAUUUCUUGAAUCGCAAUUAAAUCGCUAUCAACUGCCGUCGAACGAUGUGCCAACCAACUCGAAUGCAGUACAAUCCAAUGAAUUAUCAGAAAUCUGA